UGAUGUAACCCCAAUUGCCAAAGACCGCAGAAUUCGAUAUAAUUGGGUCUGUCUGUCUCCAUACAGCACCGCAAUGACGUACCUGAAUGGGUUGAAAAUUUGCGGGUUUGGCCCGACCACUAAGUUGGCGUAGGAUUGCUUUUUUCGGUUUGGUAGCCAGUAAACCAGUUGCCGCCGCGAAUAGAUCACCUCACCUAUAGAUGACCUAGCUGCUGCCCCUCCAACCCCCCACCAUCCAAACGCGCCAACGCUUUCGAGCUCAACAAUACAUACCCACCACACUCGCACAUCGACUUCUCCUAACUACUUACCUACUCGAAUCUCUGAACCGUACUAUCGCACCUGAACCCUUCGUCUAUCCCAGAACACACUGAAACACCGCCAAAAUGGGUCGCCAAUUCUUCGUCGGAGGCAACUUCAAGAUGAACGGGACCAUCAAGUCCAUCAAGGAUAUCAUCCAGAACCUCAACGAUGCUAAGCUUGAUCCCAACACUGAGGUUGUUAUUGCUCCACCCUCCCUUUACCUCCUCCUCGCUCGCGAGCAUCUCCGCAAGGGCCUCGAGGUUGCUGCUCAGAACGUCUUCGACAAACCCAAUGGCGCCUUCACCGGCGAAAUCUCCGUCGACCAGCUAAAAGAGAGUGCCAUCACCUGGACCAUCUUGGGUCACUCAGAGCGACGGGUCAUUCUACAGGAGGACGACAGUUUCGUUGCUAGCAAGACCAAAGCUGCUGUCGAUGGCGGGCUCAGUGUCAUUCUAUGCUGUGGCGAGAGUUUGGAACAGCGCGAAGCAAACAAGACCAUCGAGGUUGUGACAACACAGCUCAAGGCCGUGGCAAACAAGAUCCAGGACUGGAGCAAGAUCGUCAUAGCUUAUGAGCCUAUCUGGGCCAUUGGUACCGGCAAAGUCGCUACGACAGAGCAGGCACAAGAAGUGCACGCUGCCAUCCGCGAGUGGUUGAAGAAAGAAGUCUCUGCCGACGCUGCCGACAAGACUCGCAUUCUAUACGGAGGCAGUGUGUCGGAGAAGAACUGCGCCGAGCUGGCGAAGCAGCCCGACAUCGAUGGAUUCCUCGUGGGUGGCGCUUCUUUGAAGCCUGCUUUUGUGGACAUUAUCAACGCCAACCAGGCUUGA